GUACAAAGCGAGGAAUUCUCAAGGGCAGAUUGGUUUGGUUCCGAGGAACUACCUGCAAGAAUUGUCCGAUUACAUGGACCGUCCAAUCCAAGAACGGAACAGACUUCCUCCGCCUACAAUGGAAACUUCUAUGGAACGAUCUCAGAUUUCGAUGGCUGAAAAACCCCAUCUGAUCGAUAGACCUUGGUAUUAUGGUAGCAUAACUAGAUAUGUGUGUGAUAAUCUGCUUAAUCAGCAUGGACACGACGGUGAUUUCCUCAUAAGAGAUAGCGAGACUAAUUUUUAUGGGGUGUACCACAGGGUUCUCAUUUUGAGAUCUUAUUCUUUAUGGGCCUUCAAUAUCCAUCAACUAUAUUUUUUGUUGUGUUACAAGAAGUGUUUUUUCUUUGAACUGAAUAUAAGUCAAUUUUUUUAUUAUUCGAAGGUACUCAAUAUAUUAUCUUUGUUUCAGGGUUCCGAUGCCAGCUCGGUGAUAUUUCCUUCGACGCCGGCGUCGAGGAAACACGAAUUUCCCGGCGCCCUGCCGCCCAGCCUGCCGAGCCUGAAUCAUGGCACGAGUAGUUCGCCCGUGCCGGCGCCGACGCCGCCGAAUAUCCCCGUACCGUCGCCCGCUCCCGCCCAACAACCGCCUCAGCACCCGCCGCAGGCCAUACCUUCGGCGGCGGUUUCGACAUCCGCCAGCGUAGUCGCUACCCCUACUGCAGCGGCCGCCGUCAAGCCCAUCCAAGAAACUUUCCUUCCUCCUCCUCCGUCGACGAUAGCGAGCGUUCCUCAGACUCCGAUGGUCGCGAUGCCGAGCGUCCCGACUGCGGUCGCCAUGCCGCCCCAGCCAGCCGCCGCCGCCCCCAUGGCCCACCACCCACCGGCACUCGAUUCGACGACGCUGCCGGGCGGCCACGCAAUGAGGACGGACAGCCCGGCGGUGGCGACGUCUGCCAAUGUUGCCGUCGCGCCGUCUCCCAGCCAGUACCAUCACCCCUCAUCAUACCAGCCACAGCCUCUGUACGCGCCUUACGCAGCCGCCUCCGCUACCGUACCGCAGACGCAUGCCACGACCCCCUACGUUUCGAACGUUGUUGCGGCGGCGGCGACAAUUCCGGCGGUGGUUGAAGCGACGCCGCCUCCACCGCAGCCUAUCGCGGUGGUGCCGCCUCCGGUGGGCAUCAAGGCGCCGCACCUCGAGAGGGAGAAGCAGAUAGUGGCACCAUCGCCAAGAGGACCGAGUCCUGUAAGGGAGAACAGGGAGAGCUACAGCUGCGUCAGUAGUCUAAGUCGAAGUAGCGUCACAACGACGCUAAGUUGUCCCCCACCAACCACCGCAGUGUCUUCUAGUCUAGCAAGUAGUCUGAGCAAGCCGUGGAGCGGCAGCGCGCAGCCGGCGCCACCCCCCACGCAAGUCAGCCCCGCUCCUCCCCGCCCUACGCCGCCCCUCCAUUCAACCUUCCCCGCGAACCCGAUGUUCGCGGCCCCCCUACCUCCUCCGGUGUCUAGGGCGAGUCCGAUGACGGCCCCCGCCGCCGCACCCCCUCAAGCGAAUCCCAACCCAUUCUCGGCAGAGAGUCUGUUCCAGCCCAACAAGUAUCCGACGAAUCAAGCAGAUAUGCUCAGAAGGGAAUUGGAUAACAGGUUUUUAGCAUCACAGGAUCGUACGAUGGGAGUAGCGCCACCCCCGUACUUGAGAACGGAAAUGCAUCAGCAUCAACAUCACCACACGCAUGUACAUCAACAUACUACUUCAUUACUUCCCCCUCCCGCAGCUUCUUCUCUAUAUCCUUCCCAAUUGUCGAUGUCUCCAAUGGAACGUCUAGCAAGAAGAAGUCAAAGUAGUUUUAAAGAUAUCCCGAAACUGGGUAGUGUGGAAUCGUCCUUCUACAGACAGAAUAUGGGGCUUCCUGGUGCUUACCCCGGUUAUGCUCCUGGACUUAUGCAUCCCGGGUUGACGACAGGUCCCACACCGUUCGCACCGCCCAACCAUUUGCCCACGUUCCAACCUAAGUCGGUGAAUCCCCCAGAUCCAACGAAGCCAAAACUGAUGAAAUCCGGCAAAUGGAAUGCGAUGCACGUGAGAGUUGCAUGGGAGAUCUACCAUCACCAGCAGAAGAGCGGAGAAGCCAAGGGCAGCAUAACGACAGCCAAGCCGCCUGGAGACUUGCUCAGGCCGCCUACGCAUUUAUUUUCGCCAAGCGUACACUCUCAGAGGCCUCCUCACGAUCUGUCACCAUUCCCUUUGUCCCUGUCUGGUCAUCGACCCCCUGGUUACGAUCAACCGCAUCAUCCGGGUUCGCUGUUUAGUGCUCCUCCGGGGCAUUUAGGUAAAUCUCCUUUCACUGCCAACUCGGCCAUGUCCCCUUUCACAAGAUACGGAGGGAGUCACUUGGGUGCAUCAGGUACUUCCCCCUUCUCCAUGUCCCCCUUCGCGGCCGCGGCCGCCAGAGAGAGCCACCUGGGAUUGGGGCCACUCCACCACGAUCCUUGGCGAUCCCUUCAAAGGACCAUACCCAACUUCCCUCCGACUGUGAAUCCCCUGCCACCAACUUUGCCUGGUUUGACGCAACCAGGGCCAGCCCCAUGGGCCAUAAAACCGGACCCUAUACUGGAACAGAGAGAAAGAGAAGCUAGAGAACGCGAGGAAAGAGAAAGAGAGAGGCUCAGGCGUGAGAGGGAAGAGAGGGAAAGACGUGAGAGGGAAGAGAAGCAGAGGAGGAUAGAACAACAGCAGCAGGAGCAGCGUGAGCGAGAGAGAAAAGAACGCGAAAAGAGGGAAAUGGAGAGACGAGAACUAGAGAGGCAGAGAGAACGUGAAAGAGAGAGGUUGCUGCAAGAGCAAAGGAUGGCUGAAACGGCCAAGCUACAGCCUACGAUAAUCAGAGACAGGUCGCCUUUGAGGAAUGGUGAUUUGUCUGAAAUAAGAGUGAAAGAGGAGCCACGAGUGAAAGAAGAGGAUAUUAUGUCGCGUUCGGAUGCAAGGUAUCAUCCAUACUUACGUCAUCCUGGAACGUUGCCACCGCCCCCUACCGGCCACCCGUCGAUGCUGGACCGUACCAGAAUGCUGCAGCACGCCCUCCCUCCCCACCCUUACCACCACGCUCCUGCCACCCACUGGGGGGCGCCCCCGCAGGCGGAUCCCUUCUACAGAUACAGUUACAACCCUCUCGUCGACGCUAUGAGGGCGCAGGAGGAAAGAGCGAACUUCUUCAAUGCAUACAAUGCGCAGCACCACCAGGCCCAGCUGAGGCCCAAAGAUCCGGCCCUUAUGCAAUUCAGAACAGGGCCUGGGCCGGGACCUCCACCGACACACCUCAAGAUGAGCAUCACCCCGCCCACGGAUCUACACAAGAAAGAAGAACCUCGAUAGCACAGGCAGAUGAAUGAAGCGAAGAUUAAAGUCGAAAUGAAGGAGUGAAGAGAGAAGAAGGAAAUGAAGUAGUGAAGAGAGAAGAAGCGGAAGGUUUUUUGUUGUUUUUUUUUCUUUCUGUUCGGGAGAUUCAAAGGAGUUAUAUGGGUUGAUGCAGGUUCUUGUUGAAAGGUUUAAAUGCUUUUUGUAAUUCAAGUCCCCUUUUUAUAGACAUAUGAGAUUAUUGGGACUGAAGGAGAGUCUUGGUGUGGAAAGACAAAGUUGGUUUUGACUAGAAAUAUUACUGCAUUUGUAUAGGAACUGGAUGGGGAUUUAUCUAGCUUGUCUUCUCAUUAUAAAUCUUGCCUAUAUACUUC